AUGCCUCCCUAUGCGCAAAUAGUCAUAGGUCCUCCGGGUAGCGGGAAGUCGACGUACUGCAAUGGAAUGAACCAAUUUUUAUCCUCUAUAGGGAGAUAUUCCAUGAUUAUCAAUCUGGACCCAGCCAAUGAUCAAUUACCAUACGAUGUGACUAUAGAUAUCCGAGAUUACAUCACUUUGGAGGAGAUAAUGGAUGAGACAAACCUUGGCCCAAAUGGAGGCCUUGUGUUUGCUAUGCAGACAUUCAAGGAGAGCAUUGAAGAGUUCAUAAGUGAAGUUCGCUUGUUGAUUAAAAGAAACCACAAGGCUGAGAGUGCCUAUUUAAUAUUUGAUUGUCCAGGGCAAGUUGAACUGUACACAAAUAAUGACAUAGUGAGUCAAAUUUUUCGAAUCUUGCAGAAAGAGCUUGACUUCAGACUAGUAGUAGUCAGUUUGACAGACAGCAUUAACAUCAUGAAACCCUCAAGUUACAUCAGCUCGCUGCUAUUAGCCCUGAGGUCAAUGCUUCAAAUGGACCUGCCACAGAUUAACGUGUUCAGCAAGAUAGAUUUACUUAAGGGAUACAUAGAACAAGAACGCUACGGGAGAGUGAAACCCCCGAAAGAUAAAGGCACUACGACAGAUGAUGGUCUUCCGUUUUCGUUAGAAUACUAUACGCAGGUACAGGACUUGAAAUAUUUAUUACCCUAUCUUGAAGUUGAGGAGAACAACACCAGAACGAACUUUUUCAAACACAAAUACUACAAACUUAAUGAAGCAAUUUCGGAUCUAAUAGAAGAUUUUUCUCUGCUUUCAUUUGAAGUUCUGUCAAUUGAGGAUAAGAAUUCCAUGAUUAGUCUAUUAGCCAUUAUUGAUAGAGCCAACGGCUACUCCAUGGGAUCUAAUGAGCUUGGUAAUGACACUAUUUGGGAAGAUGCAAUUAGACAAUCAUCUGUAGCCAACUUUCUGCAAGACAUCAACAUUCACGAAAGAUGGGUGGACGAAAAGGAAAAGUAUGACGAAGUUGAACGAAUACGGAGGGAAAAACAAUUCAAGGAGGCGACAAAUAAUGAGGAGCUCCUCAAUCAAACAAUUGAUCCUGAAAAAGAUUGGGAAGAUGCUUUGAAGAAAUGGGAGACCUCAACUGGGAAGCCUGCAUUUAAAGAGUAG